CACUUCAGCAGGCGACUCACAGUUUGUUCUCCUCUCCGAGCUGAUUUAGCUGAUUUAAUUUGUAUUUUAUUUACCGUUGUGAUAAACGCGUGUGAAAAACAAAGACUUUCCAAUUACCUGUGUACACAAACGGUUCCCGAAAGAAAGUUCGAGUUGCGAAAAAGGAGCGGAAAAACGGGUUUUCAGAUGAUUUGAUUUAAUUGUGAAAGCGCAGCUAGAUUUGUCAACGCAAACAAAGCUCGCGGAUAGCGUAAUAUUUCUUAAUAAUAAUAGCAUCGAAAACAACAACAUUGCGGAAGCAGAAUCUCCGACUUAUCGUGCUGUCCGUUUCCGUCGGAGGGCUAAAAAUAAACCCACCCACGCUCCCCGCCCCAAAAAUCGCCACCCGCACCUCGCCCACAAUCAACCCACACCCACGCACAAUUUUGGAUAGGUGAACUUGUGUUGACUUUUCCAGAGCGCGGACUUUUCCGUAGGAAAAUGCAAAAAUGAGAGUUCGAGCAUCUAGCAGACAACUGGGAAUUUGCAAGCCGGAGGCGCCUUGAAUGAGAGUCCUUAGCCCAAGAUGUCAGAUUUUGUUCCGCGCGACCUCCUCCCCGACCUGUGGGAGGAGAUACUCCGGCGCCACUGGAUGUUCCUCGAGACGGAGGAGAGCAUGCAGAAGCUCGAGGAGCGUAAGCAGCUGGAAGGAUGUCUGAAGGAGUUCCUCUGCGUGGUGCAGCAUGAUCGCAAGUUCUUCCUGCCAGAAACAGGGCUUGUCCUGGGGCGAUCAGUACGAGAGUUGCCCGACUUUUCGGCACAGAACGCCAUCGUGGCCUUCGAAACGAUCAGCCAGUAUGCAAACAACCUGUUUACGAAACCCUGGCGUAAGGAAUAUCGCACUCUCAAGACCUAUUCGGGAUGUUUUCAGCACGACAUUCAAUCUCGGCUGUUGGAUGCCGAGCAGCUCUUCCUGGCAAUGGGAUAUCGCAGGAUCUCCGAAGAUACCUUCGUUCUCGAGGGCCCCAUUUGUCCGGAUCAGGUGACGAAUGUUUCUCGAGAUGCCAUGGCCGCCUACGUGGAGUGCCAGAUUAUGAAGCACAUUUAUGCGGGAGUCACUGCAGCGGGAUACAGUUGCACAUGGAAAGACAUACUUCAAUACCGCGAGCGAUUCGUGGGUGGCACUACGAGGACCAUCAAGGAGAUGGUCAGUCAGUUGAGUGAAAAACGGAUGCGCAAGGAACAACCGCCAGUACAGGAGAAUACCUAUAGCAACGUGGCGACGGUUGCGGCAGCUAGUUGUGCUCUCCAUGGCAACAACUUGGCUCAUCAUCUGAAUAGCUCCAGCAGUUGCGCCCUUCAUCCAAAUGGCCUAAACGAUGUAGGAAAGUACCUGCCGCCGUAUCCAGCACCUCCGUCGCAGCAGCCGCAGCUAUCUGGACCGCUAAUGACGCAUUCUCGCAGCUUGGAGCAUUACCAGGAGCCGCAUGCCCAUCUACCGCAUCGCCACUCUUUUGACCAGCAGCUCCAGCAGCAAUGCCAGCUGCCUCACGUCUACGAGGCGCCCUACGAUUGCUUAGAUGGACUAAGCAUGGGCAGCAGUGCCUCCUACGCGGACGUGGCAGGUGCCUAUAAUGCUCCGGGAAAUCGCUAUCCGCUACCGUACAACAUCUCCAGCCAGCUUAAUGCGCCAUAUGCCUCACCUGCCGACGUCUACGGUAAUAGGGAGCACACCAACAUGUACGCCACAUUAGGAAAGACGGGUCCAGCCCACAGCUGUGAUUUCCACCGACGCCAACCAAGUUCUUCUGCAGCAGCUGCCGCCGCCAUGGCGGCUAUGCAGCACCGGCAGAGCACCUAUCCUCCAGACCAUCAUCUCAUAGACUUCGACGAUCGGGCGCAUCUGACCCAGCAUGACUUCGGGACGCACGACUACGACCCGCAAUACGCCGAGCUAAGAAGUCAGGUGCCGCCGAAAAUGCGGGGAAAUCCGUCUGCAAUGUAUGCCACAUACGGAGGUUAUGAUCUGCCCACUACUUUGCCGCAAGCCCCCCCGCCUACGGCUCAAGACAUGUACAUCUAUGCACGUCCGGUGCCCAAAAGCAGCCGGAUGCGAGCAUUGGCCGAAGCGGGAGGCAUUAAUCUGACUGACAAGCAUCCGCGAUCAGUGGAAAAGCAGAAUACUUUGGACAAUAAUCGCAAGACGCACAAGGAAUUGAAGGAGCGGGCUAGUCGAACGGCUCCUGCGAAGCGAUCCGGAAACGAACGUGAUAUACCCACCACCAUUUCGGACAUGAACAGCUACGAUUCGGCCAGCCUGGAUGGUUUUGUGGCCCUGGACAGCAGCUCACCGCCGUUGAUGCCCAAAGUGCAGGAAGGCGUCGGUAGUUUUGAGUCCUGGAACUAUGUGUUCAAAAAUCUCGAACGUUCGGGAUACACCAAGGAUUUGGGCGACCGCGAAGACUUGUUGGUGCAGAGCCUAGACCUGGACUCACUGGCCAUAACUAAUGGCGGAUCAGCUCCUCCGGCGGAAAAGCGACGUGAGACCGCGAAACCCACUAACGGCGAAAAGGCUCGCACGCUGGAAAAAAAAUCCGGAACGAACAGACGCGAGGCGAAGGUGGUGCUAGCUCCGGCGCCAGGUCCUCUCCCUAACAGCACCAGUGCCGGUGUGAAGAAGGUGAAGUCGGCACUGAAGACGGCAGUCGUGGACAAUCGCGGAACAGGAUCGCGGCAUCGCACGGGAGCUGUACCCAAACAACCUCCGGCUGUGUCCCCGCAGCUGAUCGUGACCAGUCCGAACGAAUGGAGCUGCAGCUUCUGCACGUUCCUCAAUCCGGACACCAAGCACAUCUGCGAGAUGUGCUGCCGCAGCAAGGACUUUAAUCUAGAGGCCGCCUCGGCGGCUUCCUCUUCUGCGGCUGCAGCGGCGGCGGCCGGCGUUUCGCACGCAUCCUCGACCUGCGUCUAGGAAGAACUUGUUCAUCAGAACCCUCGUUAGUGAUAAAAACAGUGUAUAGCUUGAUAUAUUUUUUAUACGACCAAUGUAAGCCUGAGCGCGUGUCUCCAAGAUCUAGUCUCGUAAUCGUCGUUCGAUGGCAGGCAACCCUUUGUUAUCCGGGUCCAAGCUUCUUGGAUCAAAACGGAUCGCGCUGCAGAUGUGCAAUAUGUCUGCAGCAUGUACAUAUGAAGUAUUUUAAUUAGUUACCCCUAUUUGUAAACACACGCUUUAAUUAGUUUUAGAUUGUUUCCCCAUUGUUAAGGGCGCUUCUGUUUCAAAUUACGUGCCUCCCUGUAUAAGUCAUCUAUAUAUAUAUAUACAACACAUACAUACAUAUAGACAUUUAUAUAUUUGUACGUGUGCAUGCGACGCGAAAAGCGAGAGAGUGAAAUUCGAACUUGGAAAUUUUCUAGGAAAUCAACUGAUAAUUAUACAUAUACCUUAUACUAAUAGUUGCAUUCACAAUACGUAUUUCCGACAGUAAAUCAGAGUACAUAAAAGUUCUUGGCGAACCCAAGCGUAUAUACCGAAACUUGCGUAGAUAGUACACCUAUAGCCGUAACUUAAGCGAUUUCAAUUCGAAAAACCGAGCUAAGCAUAACGCGAAACACAAAUAAAUCGAACAGAACUGGUACGGGUUGUAAACUUAAAAUUUUUGAUUCAAAUUUUACCAGAACGGGAACGGAGUCGCAGCUCCGCUCUCCACCCAAUGUGCAUGGACAGCAGAAGAGUAAACCACAAUUUGUAAAGCAACUCGCCAUCCCACCCACACAAGCUAUGUGACAAUUUCCGAAGCUUAUUUGUUUGUUGAAAUGUUACUAUUGAUUACCUGCUGAAAGCAUCCCGGUAGUAUCGAAAAGCACUCGAGAUAUUUUUAUAACGAAGCAAAACCACGUACCUAUUGAUCUAUGUUGAAUAGUUUAUUAUAUUUCCUUGAACCUCUGUUAGCGUUUCGAGUCCCAAAUUGAAAUUAAACUUCACUAAAGCCAUUUAGGCACAACCUUCGCUCAAACCGUUUUAUUACAUAACUUUGAAUACUAUUACGAAGUGAAUUUAGUGGCAGCUCUUCCUAAACAAAACCCCUAACGAAGAAAUAACAAUAAAUACAAUUUUGACAAA